CGUCAGGUGGGCUCCUGGACUUCAUCUGGGCAUUUAAAGGGUGAGAAGCAGGGGCUCACGUAGUUGCCCUGGAGGGAGCUUGCUAGCUGAGCAGGUUCCCUGCAGAGAGUGAGGAUUAGCCCCCUCACCUCCCUAUGGGCAGCUGGCAGGCAGGAGAGAACCUGCAGCUCUGCCUGGUGCACCGUCCACCUCUGGUUUGUGCUGCGCUUGCAUUGUUACUACUUGGGGCUUCAGGCCUAGGCCUUGGUGGUUUUAUCCUUAACCAUGGUGAUGGGCUUCGAAAUCCUGAUAUCCCUCAGGACUGGGUCUCCUUCAUGAGAUCUCUGGGUCAACUGACUCUGUGCCCUUGGAAUAGGACAGCUGCAGAGAAACUAUCUGGACCUGAGUCUCGAACUGUGAAACUGCUGACCAGUUUAAACUUAGGAGAGGUUAUCAAGAACAGGACUCAACAACUAGGAGCCACUGUCCGUGGUCACCAACUGGGACUAAGUGGCUCUUCUGCAGAGGAGCCAGUACUGAUCACAGCCCUGGUGCCAGUAGAGAAAACCUCUGGGAUUUGCCUGGUUUUCAGUGCAGCUCCCAAAAUCCUGCCCUCCAGCCAACCACCCACAUCCUGUUUAGAGGAAGAGGAGGCAGAUAUUGUGAACACAUAUGCCUCUUCCAAGCCAGAAGAGGAAUGUUAUGAGGUCUGGAGCCAUGAAGGCCUUAUUCUCACCAAGCUACUUACUAUGGAGGAGCGUGUUUUGUGUGGUUCCAGACUUCUCUACUUCAGCUGCUUUCUUCUCUUCUUCUGUGGCUUCCUGUGCUGCUUUGCAGCAGUCUGUACCCAUCCCCGUUGGGACACACCUUGGCAGCGGCCCCAUAUCUAAACUCGACAGCUUCAGGCUGUACUUGGCUUAAAGGUCUGUGACUCAUGUUCUGUAGGCUCAUCUGGGCCCCUGGAGUUGGAUCAGAUGGGAGGGGGGAACUAAAAGAGGGGCUUGAGGAUCAUUAAACAUAUUUCUUAUCCCUACA